AUGGAGCCUCGCUCCAGCAAUUCUAGCAACUCCAGCAACUCCUCCAAGCCGCACCGGCAGUUUCUACCUGCAGAACCUUCGAAGGGCGCAGUACCUAGAGCAACAGGUAGAGCAAAAGCCAGGGCAGAGAGCAAAAAAGCAGCCGGCACCCAAAGCCCAGGGUCUACGCCAACCCAGCAGCCCAACCGCAUCGGCACCAAUACGGCAUGUGUGCCAUGUCGUAAGCGCAAAGCUCGGUGCGAUGAGGGACAGCCGCUGCAGUGCUCUCAGUGCCUCAAGAGAAACAUUCGGUGCCAAUGGCCGGAUGUCGAGUCCACCAGGAUAACCAAGGCAAAGUACGCCGAAAUGAGGGAAAGAUCUCAAAUAUACGAAGAACUCUUUCGAGUCAUGCAGACAAAGAAUGAUGGCGUAGCCGCAGGCUUGCUUCAACGCGUGAGGAAUGGCGCAGAUAUUGCGUCUCUCGUUCGCUAUGUGCAAGACGGCGAUCUUCUUGCGCAAGUCGCACUUGUUCCGGAAACUUGGACUCGAUUCAGCUUCCCCUAUGGUACAGAGAUGCCAAGUUUUCUUCUCCAACGCUACAACCCAUAUCUUGACACCCUCAUCUUUCAGGGACUCAUUACCCCACCGGAGCCACAACAGCGACGUCCAGAAAAUCGUACGGGUCUGUCUGGCCUUGGAAUUCAGUAUCACGUUCCGUAUCUUACAGCCGACCUCGUUGAUCCUCAGAUUGACGAGGCGAGACCUUCUCAGUGGACACAAGUGGCGCUAACUGAUGAUAUGCUCAGGAUACUUCUGAAGUCAUAUUUUUUAUACGUGUACCCCACACUUCCUUUUUUCCAUAAGGACUACUUCCUCAAAGAUAUGGUUGCCGGCGGGAACCGGUUUUGCUCGUCACUACUAGUAAAUGCCGUGCUUGCAGCGGCUUGUCACGCAUCCAAUAGGGUAUCGAGCCGUACCGAGUACUGGAAUCCAGAUACCCUGCAAUACAAGUUCUCAGCCGAAGUGAGGAGGCUCAGAGAGCUCGAAGCAGACACUGAUUCUUUGACAAACAUCCAGGCUAUGCUUGUCAUGUCCGUAACCUAUAACAUGAAUGCAGCCGACAGAGUUGGGUGGUCUCAUCUGCUGCAAGCUGUUGCCAUGGCAGAAAGGAUGUGCUUGUUUGAAAUGCCACCUCUCUCUGGGUGGGACAUGCGAAUUGCCCGUACUUUUACCUCGUGGGCAGUGUUUUGUUAUCAGGCCUCAUAUUGUUUCCACUUCUUUCGUCCGCCGCUCCUUGCAGUGCCUCCUACUAACUACUUGCCCGACCCAAGGGUGCAACGGGACUGGUAUCCGAAAACCCGGAUACGCUAUCCGCUGACCAAGAAGCCUAUUCUUGUUCCUCAUGCCGACUUUAUCAAAGCAAUUGCGGAAUUUCGUAUCAUUGUGAACGAUCUAGGUGAUUCUGUCUUUCCACAUCCAAAGACCCAGAACAAGCUAUCACUGCAAGAAACUUUGUCGUUCUACUCAAGAUUCAAACAGUGGUACCAGAGUUUGCCGCUGUCAUUGUCCAUCAAACAAGCCAUUCUACCCUUUCAACUUUUCGUUCACCUGCACUAUUUUAAUAUCAUCCUUUGCUUAUUUAGCCCGUUUGCGGAUACCGACAAACCAAGCAUGGGCCCACACGGGGCACUUGGCCAACUUGGCGAAGAAACCCCAGAAGAAAUAGUACUGGAGUCGAGAAUUGGGCUCGAGACUGUCUGGAGACUGUACUAUCUGCGGCAUGGCUUUGAGUUUUACGAUCCGUGCCUGUUACAAACGCAAAUUCUGCUUGGCUUUAUGAGCUCUAGAGCUCUGUCUCGAUCGUUAGAACUCACACCUGAGCAUGCAGAACUCUUCCGGUCUACCGUGGUGCUUGCUGGCAAGGGUUUGCACGACCAUGCGAAACAAAGCUUUCUUGGAGACACGACGUUUUGUCUACUCAGGGACACGCUGGACCCGGAACAUGUUCGACUCCUGAAAGACUACGUCGGCAUUAGUGAAGCUCCCGAUGUAGAGAAAAAGAGGCUCAUUGCUAAGCAAGUUCACUCAGAGUACCCCAUCAGCACCGUCAGCAUUGCUGAGGACCCUGACAGUUACAGAGUGGGUAAUAUUGUUGCUGCCUAUAACAAUAUGAGCCUUGAGGAUGGCCUUGCAGGGGAGACAGGGGAUGAGGCAGAGGAUGAGGAAGAGGGCGGAGCAGAGGACGAGGCAGAGGACAGUAGGCACGACGGGCCUAGUGAAGAGUCGUCAAUGCCUCGUCCUCUGCUCUGGCCAAAUUGUAAUGAAGACGAAUAUAUAUAG